UGCUGGCAUGUUUAUUACAGUCAUGUCGUUGUAUUUUAGACCGCUUUUACGUUUCUCAACUAGCGAUAAAGUGUUACAUAACGAUACAGAAUCUUUUAUGUUACCCUACAGAGUGCAUACAUUUGUCGACACUACUAAUAGUUAUACAUAUAUAUUAAUGUAUUUGUACUUAUUCCCGAUGUUUUAUGCCUCUAUUUGUCACAUGGCGGCGAUUUGUUUAAUAGUUAUUUUAGUGUUCCACAUUUGUGGGGAAUUAUCCAUUUUAUCAUACCGUAUUAGAAAUAUCAGAACAUACUCACAAGAUAUAGUGGUAAAUAGAAUUUGUAAUUUUGUUCGAAUGCAUCUCAAAAUAAUGUGGAUGGCAAAAUCCGUGGAUAAUAUUUUCAAUUUAAUUCUUUUGGAUGAACUCCUUGGCAAUAGUGUUGUAUUGGCUAUUUCGCUGUAUUAUGUUAUAACAAACUUACAGGUUUCGGAAAUGGCGACUUGUUGCACUUUUAUAUUUUUUGCCGCUACAGCGCUUGUUAUCCUUUUUGGAUACUGUUUAAUUGGUGACCAACUGACUCAACAGUGUAUAAACGUUCAAAAUGCAUAUUACGAAUGCGAUUGGUAUGAAAUGCCGCCCAAUUGCAAAAAGUGUUUACUUAUAUGUAUGAUUCAUGGGCAAGUUAUGCUACAUUUAACAGCUGGCAGAUUUUAUAUAUUCUCCUUGAACAGUUUUACGGAUAUUAUCAAAACUUCUAUGGCGUAUUUAUCGAUGUUACGUACUCUGUUAUGA